CAUGCUAGUGUCCUCACUUGUCCACACAGUGAACGAUUCAGACGUCUGAAUUUCGUUGACACAAUCCACUAUUGCUCGUGACUCCAGCUUAUGAUUAUAUCGUUCUCUAAUCUCGGAGUUUGGUGAUGAGACAGUGAGUCGUUAUUUUCUAGAAAAUGUAAUACCUCAUAUAGAGCUACGACUUUUCGUAGAGGCUGAAGAGGAUCCAGUAAAUAAGAGAAACGUUGAUCAUACGUUUUUAUAAAUAUAACCUGUGGGACGUUAAGAUCAAGAAUAACAGCUGCAAAAAUAAAAAAUGGUUAAAAUUGCCCUCUUCUUAAAAGCAAAUUUGGACAGCAUAGAAGAGUUAAAGCCUUUAGGUCCAGAUUUUCAAUGGUGUCUUAAAUUUAAAUGCAGUAACUGCGAUGAGGUCCUUGAGAAAUGGCAGUACAUGUCUCUGUCAGUAUUUACACGAUCACCAAGGGGAAACAUGGUGAAUCAUUUUGUCAGCAAAUGCAAACUAUGUCAUCGAGAGAACUCCAUGACCAUUUUAGAAGACACCAUUCAGUCAUACACUAUUGAUGAUAAUGGUGAAUUCAAACAAAUGGUAGUAUUUGAUUGUCGAGGGAUAGAGCCUAUUGACUUUUCACCAGGAGAAGGAUGGUAUGCGCGAGCUGUUAGUGAAGGAAAAGAAUUCGAGGAUGUUGAUCUAUCUGAAGGCGAAUGGGCUGAUUAUUGUGAUAAGACUAAGACCCCCUGUGGGAUUUUUGAGAUUGAGCACAAAUUUGAGAAGGUAAAGUAAAUUAUAAAUGAACGUGUGUAUCCACACAAUAUUAAGAUUUUGACUAUUCUGACACUUUUGGCUUUCCGUGUGAUAUGUAAAUGAUGAGACUUAUUGCCAUUUUAAUGUAUUAAAAAAUGAUUAAUAAAUGAGAUAAUUAUUUGGAGAAAA